AUGAUGACCUUACCACAAUUGCCACCAGGCACCGAACCACUUGUACAUCAAGUUGCUGGGCACUUUUACGGACGAUCCAAGACCAAAUUUGGUUUAUUACAACGUUGUUCAAAUGGCAAUGUUCUCAAACCAUUGCUUAACCCACCACGUGGUCCGCGUGAACAUAAAUUCUACACUCAUAUAUUCUCUGCAAACGCCUCUUCUGAACUUCGUGCAUUACAACCAUUUCUUCCUCAAUUACUAGGAACAUACGAAUUCGAUGGCAUGACUUAUCUAGAGUUGGAGAAUGCCAUUCGACCAUACCAAUGUCCAUGUGUCAUUGACAUCAAACUUGGCCGAAUCACUUACGAUCAAGAAGCAACACCGGAGAAAAUCGAACGACAAAUAGCAAAAUUUGAACCAGCUGCUGAAAUUGGUUUUCAAUUACUCGGCUGGAAAUCUUAUCAGCAAUCCGAUAACUCGUAUAUUUAUCACGAUAAAAAAUGCUCGCGAUCAUUGACAAAAGACGAAGUUCUCCAUGGUCUGGCACAUUUUUUCGGUGCCCCGGAACGUAAUAUUCGUGGAAUAGUCCACAAAGUACUCGAUCGAUUAUAUGACCUUGAACGAAUCAUGGUCAAACAAUUUGAAUUUGUUUUUAUUGCCUCCUCGCUAUUGAUAAUCUACGAGGGAAAAGCGCAAGACAGCGAGGCGAAAGCUGAUGUGCGUCUUGUGGAUUUCGCCCAUGUCUUUCCAUCAUCGUCUAAAAAUGAACCCGAUGAAAACUUCCUUUUUGGACUUCGUCAUUGUAUAAAAUAUCUAAAAAUGCUACUGGAUGAAAACUUUCAUUAUACUACGAUCGCUAAACUAGAUCAUGAAACUAAUUCACCCUCAUCAACUUCUGACUAUGAUUUGGAAGAACAACAGAAGAAGCCGCAUGCGGCAUGCGAUUUACUUCGAUAUGAUUUGAAAAUGUGUUUAUUAGCGAGUGACUGCUGUAAACUCGGGCACACACCGAAAGAAUGUUUAUCUAACGAAAAAUUACGAGAAUUUGUUCCAGAAGAAUGUCGACGUUUAGCUUACACGUUCUUCGAAUGCAAACGAUCAAUGAUCGACAUGCGUGCACGAUUUCGCGGUCGUAAAGGCGAAAUAUAUUAG